AUGAGAGGAAGGUUGACGUUAAACAGAACUUCAACGGCUGAAAAAGAUAUAAAGUAUGAUAAUGUUGAGAAUUUUCCAAAACAAAAAAGAUCAUUUCUCACAAAUGCAUUUUCAAAUCAAUUGUGUCCCUCAAGUUAUGCAGACUUUAAUAAAUUUAAAGAAUUUCAACAAAAACACAACUAUCCAAUAUUAUGCCAUCGCCCUACAGGAGCUUCUUCAAUACCGGUCACACUCCUUCAUCCAGCAUUUGGCCAAUUUGUCAGUGAUUGCAAAAAUCUCAUUCCCACCUCAGAUGAUAUUAAAUUUGUUAUAACUUUAAGUAAAAGAAUGUCUUCCUUUUAUGAUAAUGAAAAUUUACGUGCGGAGGAUUUUAGAACUUUAAUUACAAAAUACUGUGACCUAACCUUCGUGGCUUGUAAAAUAGGCAGCAAAGGUUAUGUGACAGAUGGUUCUUUAGUUACAGGCGACCACUACUAUGUGAAUAUUGAGGCAAAAGUGGAAUUUGGCUCUGGUGGAGAAGGGUUCUUUCAAUCUUCAAUGUAUUACAUAAACAUGGUCCUUGAUAAUGCUAAAAAAUACACAGGUCCUAUGUUUUGUUUUGCUGGUUCAGCAAUCCCAAAGGAAGUUCAUAUGGACCAAUUGACAUUACCUAUACCACUUUCUUACAAUCCAUAUGAAAAAGAUAUCGAAUUGGCUGCUGCAAGGACAUUUGGUGCUUUUAAAAAAGCAGUACAUUGUUUAAAGUCUUACUAUGAGAAUGAGUUGCAAUAUAGUAUAAACCAAAUCAUUCGUAAUCCUAAUUAUGUAUUCAAAAAUUCUAAUUUUCCUCCACUUGAAGAAAUCAAAAGUAAAACUUAUGAAAUUGUUAGUUAUUUACAUGAAAACAAAAUUGUACAUGGUGAUUUAAGAAGAGGUAACUUGUUAGUCAGGAUAGAUGGAAAAAAUGAUGCAUCCAUAUUAUUAGCAAAUUUUGAUAGUGCAGGCGAGGAAGGAAGCAUAAAAUAUCCAUUUGAUAUUAAUAUUAAAACUAUCCAAAGACCACCAAAUGUUAAGGGGGGUGAAUUAAUAACAAAGCAGAAUGAUGUGGAGAUGCUCGAAAUCAUGUGGGAGGAUUUAAUAUCAGAUAAUAAUAAUUAA